UCGUCCUCGUCCUCGUCCAACUCCAAGAACUUGAGCCACGUCCCGUGCAAGUUCUAUAAGCAGGGAAUCUGCCAGGCAGGAAGCUCGUGUCCGUUCUCCCACAACUUGGAUGGAACUUUGGCUGCUGAUAAGUUGCCGUGCAAGUACUUCCAGAAGGGCAACUGCAAAUUUGGCUUGAAGUGUGCCUUGGCCCACUUCUUGCCCGAC